UGAGUGUGAGUGAGUGGGUGUGUGAGUGUGUGGUGUGAGUGAGUGUGAGGACGUUUGCAAUGUGCAUCGUCGAGAAGUGCUGCUCCUUAUUGUAUUGUGUUGGGCUGAGGAAGGGUCUGGACCGGCGUCUUAGCGAAAGUCUUUGGGUUAGAAGAGGAGAGGAGGGGUCGGUGGAAGGAAAAUAUACCGUUUGGGUGGAAGUGGAUCAGUGAGGAUGGAGAAACGAGUCCAACCAGGCUGAUGGUUAAUAGUUCCAAUAAAGUGAAUAGAAAGGAUGUUCGCCCGAUCUUCAAACACUCUGUGGAGGGCUGGAAAAGCAAUUUAUCCCUGGUUAUUAAAAUAAGGAAGGAUAUUCUUCGAUUUUUAGAUGCAGAACGAGACAUAUCAGUGGUCAAGAGCAGCUUGAAACCUGGGGAUAUAAUUCAUUAUGUGCUGGACAGACGUCGCACACUUAACAUCUCACGCAACCUGCACAGCCUUCUGCCAGAAGUGUCGCCGAUGAAGAACAAGCGAUUCAACGCUUGUGCAGUCGUUGGAAAUUCAGGGAUUCUUCUGGGUAGCGGAUGUGGAAAGGAGAUUGACAGCCAUGAGUUUGUAAUAAGGUGUAACCUUGCUCCUCUUGUGGAAUACACUGAUGAUGUUGGAUCCAAAUCUGACUUUGUCACUAUGAAUCCAUCCGUCGUGCAAAGAGCUUUUGGAAGUCUCCAGAAUGAGACAGACAGAGAAAACUUUGUCCGCAGACUGGCGGUACUGAAUGACAGUGUUCUGUGGAUCCCUGCGUUCAUGGUUAAAGGUGGAGAAAGGCAUGUGGAGUGGGUGAACGAACUAAUUCUAAAGAACAAACUGAGCAUCCAGACAGCCUAUCCAUCCCUUCGACUCAUCCACGCUGUGCGAGGAUACUGGCUGACAAACAAGGUUUACAUCAAGCGGCCCAGCACAGGCCUUCUCAUGUACACGCUUGCAACUCGAUUCUGUGAUGAGAUCCAUCUUUAUGGGUUCUGGCCCUUUCCAAAAGAUGCAAAUGGAACACCAGUUAAAUACCAUUACUAUGAUAACCUGAAGUACAGAUAUUUCUCCAAUGCCGGACCACACCGAAUGCCACUGGAGUUCAAGACAUUAAAAUCUUUGCAUGACAGAGGAGCUCUGAAAUUGACAACAGGGAAAUGCGGGCAGCCCUAGUGUUCACAAUUCAAAAGCAGGAUCCUGCCUUCUGAUAUGUUGGUGUGAUUUGUACACACUGUGAUUUGACCUGAAAAGAUACUCACCAGUGAUAAUUACGACACUGCUGUAAAGUGCCCAUCGCCAGCUAAGCUUGUAGCCGCAGAGUGUUCCAAUUGAACGAGGUAGACUCAAUGUUAGGAGCAAAAUGCAAGCAGUGACGUGUUAACAAGGAUUGAAUAUUGAGUGGGUAGGCUCGAGAGAUUUGCCAUCACUAGCAGGGCUCUGAAAUUAUUGAAGUCUGAGAGGUCCUGAGAACUUAAUGGGGCCUGGUGUUAACCAGAGGUGGCCAGUAUAUAUCUUAAGCAACUGCCUCAGCGAGCGAUCAAUGCUGUUAUAGCAUCCAAGCUUUACAAUAAUAAUUUGGUGACAGUUUCAACACUUUCUUGUCAUUGCUGUGACUUAUGCGAGUACGCGAAUUGGUCAAGGGUAAUAUCAGCUGUGGGAAGCCACCAGAAGAACGGAAUGGCUGACAGCACUUUGCUCAGUUUCUUUGGUAGUUUUAUAGCUCAAAGAAUGUGAAAGACGUUGUCUCGUGGUGUGUUGAAUGUGAACUGUGAAACUUAAAGGUGCCCUUUGUGCUGGUACCAAAGAUCUUUAUAUAGUGAAUCUUAGAACUUGCUUUUUGGAGACUGGGAUUUGGGGAAAGUGUUACUGAGGUAAAGUGUUUUGUGCAAUUGCUGUAUAGUUUGUGCAGGGGAAAUGAGAAGAGGAAGGGAGUGCAGCAGAGAGGAAUCAAAAAGCACAGGUUUUAUGUCAAUAGAAGCACAUCUGUACUAGUUCCUUAAAAGAACGUUAAAUAGGAACUUUUUUUAAAAAACAACGUACAUUUCAGCAGUUUACACAAACAAAAUGCUCCCAGUGUUCUGUGUCAGGCUUUGGUACGUUGGGGUGUGGAAAAUCUGACCAGUUGCACCGCUACUUAUUUCAUACUUAGUUAGCAAAGUUUCCAAUACUCCUCCUUUCAGUUCUUCAUAUUGACAUUACUGCGGUCGGUCAACUUCUGUUCUCUAACAGUGUGCUUCCCACAGAAUAGAGUUCCUCUUUAAAAUGCUAUCAAUUUGAAUACAGCAGACUCCCUGCUAAUUUUAGAACAGUACCAUAUGUCAGUUACUUGGGGUCUAACAUGCUGUUUGGUGCUGCUAAUGUUUUUUUGUUCCAGACAGUUUGCUAGAGUUAGCGAACAGCACAUGUUAGAACACAGUGUGUAGAGUAAGGAUGGUUGAAUCAGUAUUUUUUAUGACGUUUUGUGAUAGUUUUGACUUGAAUUCAUAUAGUUGGUCAAAGUGAUAUCCAGCUGUGAUUUCACAACUAAGAGUCUGUACUGCUGGUGAGAGACUGGCUCAGCUCCAAGCUUCCAUGUCAAGUGAAGCUUCCUAUUCUGGAUGAUCAGGGUAAUCUGCUUUGAUGAAAGAGACCGACCAAUUAAAGUUUGGUUGUGGGCCAGCCUAAUGCGAUUAGCCGGGUGUGGGUGGGCCAGUCCAACACUGGUUCUUCCCUGCUUGCAGUCAAUUAAACACACUGUGGGAUCUAAGUGAUUGAAAAUAUUACCAGUUAAUAGUACACUUCUUCCAGCUAAAAGGAGAAGACGGUUUGCUGAGAGUUCCAGAGAUCCUGCUAUCCUCACAGUAUAAAUGGGAAGUAAAUUGAUUAGGAAUCCUUCUUUGAAACUAGAAGAAGCAGACCAUUCUGGGGUUUAAUUUGUGAUGUUUCUUAAUGGUAUUCCUUAAUGAAAGCUGUGCUAGAAUGGAUGGAGUUCUCUCGAGACAAUAUGAUGCAUUUAUGUAAAUUACAUCAAGGAAUUCUCAUCUGUACCACUCGCAAUCGUUAUUAAGGAAUCCCAUUAAGAAACACUACAAAUUAGAUAUCCCUUUGUUUGUGUUGAGAUCUCAGCUGGCAGAAAUUUUGGAUCCUCACAGUACAAUGUCAUGUUUUAUUAUUGAAGCCUUGACUAUUUAUUACAAUGUUUUUACACUUGAAAAAUAAACCUUUUUUUUAACUUUUUUUCACACACCUUGGAAACUCUUCGAACACCUUAGCAACAAGUUUCUUUGUGGAUCCUCCCCUCCCCGCUGACCUUUUUCAGCCUACAUCGGUCG